UUCAGAUGUGGCUAGCUUGGCACUAGGUUGUUUUUCUGACAGCCGCCCGGGGUUCUUACAGACCGCUGCUGAAUUUCGCCACUGCAACAUCGAUCUUUUACAGCGGCACAUCAGACGCACAACAAGUCACAGAUGGACCAGCAGGCCCAGUCUUAUAUGCUUGCCAGUCUGACACGGCCGCACUCUGAGCAGUUGCUGCAAGGCCUCCAGCUCUUGCGGCAGGAUCAUGAACUAUGUGACAUUGUGCUGCGUGUGGGUGAUGCCAAGAUCCAUGCCCAUAAAGUAGUGCUGGCCAGCAUCAGCCCCUACUUCAAGGCCAUGUUCACGGGCAACCUGUCAGAAAAGGAGACCUCUGAAGUGGAAUUCCAGUGCAUCGACGAGGCAGCUCUCCAGGCCAUCGUCGAGUAUGCAUACACUGGCACUGUUUUUAUCUCCCAGGAAACAGUGGAAUCUCUGCUACCAGCGGCCAACCUGCUCCAGGUCAAGCUAGUGCUCAAGGAGUGCUGUUCUUUCUUAGAGAGCCAGCUGGAUGCUGGGAACUGCAUAGGCAUCUCCCGCUUUGCUGAGACUUAUGGCUGCCACGACCUGUGUCUGGCUGCCACCAAGUUCAUCUGUCAGAACUUUGAGGAAGUGUGUCAGACAGAGGAGUUUUUUGAGCUGACGAGGGCCGAGUUGGACGAAAUAGUGUCCAACGACUGCCUUAAGGUGGUCACUGAGGAAACUGUGUUUUACGCCCUGGAGUCGUGGAUCAAGUAUGAUGUGACUGAGCGACAGCAGCAUCUGGCCCAGCUGCUGCACUGUGUGCGCCUUCCUCUCCUCAGCGUCAAAUUCCUCACCCGCCUAUAUGAAGCCAACCACCUUAUACGUGAUGACCACGCGUGCAAGCACCUGCUCAACGAGGCCCUCAAAUAUCAUUUCAUGCCUGAACACCGGCUGUCCUAUCAGACGGUGCUGUCCACGCGACCCCGGUGUGCCCCCAAGGUGCUGCUUGCAGUUGGAGGCAAGGCUGGACUGUUUGCCACACUAGAAAGCAUGGAAAUGUAUUUCCCUCAGACAGAUUCAUGGAUAGGGCUCGCACCGCUCAGUGUGCCGAGAUAUGAGUUUGGAGUGGCAGUGCUGGACCAGAAGGUGUACGUGGUGGGAGGCAUCGCCACGCACAUGAGGCAGGGCAUCAGCUAUCGGAGACACGAGAGCACGGUAGAGAGGUGGGACCCGGACACCAACACCUGGUCCUCGGUGGAGCGCAUGGCCGAGUGCCGCAGCACACUCGGGGUGGUGGUCCUGGCUGGGGAGCUGUACGCCCUGGGAGGUUACGACGGCCAGUAUUACCUCCAGUCGGUGGAAAAAUACGUUCCCAAGAUGAAGGAGUGGCAGCCUGUGGCACCCAUGACAAAGUCCCGCAGCUGCUUUGCCACUGCUGUGCUGGAUGGCAUGGUGUACGCCAUAGGAGGCUAUGGCCCAGCCCACAUGAACAGUGUGGAGCGCUAUGACCCCAGCAAGGAUGCCUGGGAAAUGGUAGCCCCCAUGGCAGAUAAGAGGAUCAACUUUGGAGUUGGGGUCAUGCUAGGGUUCAUAUUUGUGGUAGGCGGACAUAAUGGAGUGUCCCACCUGUCCAGCAUCGAGAGAUACGACCCACAUCAGAACCAGUGGACAGCUUGUCGGCCCAUGAAUGAACCUCGAACUGGUGUGGGCUCUGCCAUCGUGGACAACUACCUCUAUGUGGUGGGGGGUCACUCGGGGUCGUCCUACCUGAACACUGUCCAGCGCUAUGACCCUAUAACAGACAGCUGGUUGGACUCUAGUGGCAUGAUGUACUGCCGUUGUAACUUUGGUCUGACUGCCCUUUGACCCAUGGCCCGACUGGCUAGGACCCCGUAAGAAAACUUAGACGAAAAGGCUUUUCUUUUUUGUUGUCUCCUCCUUCCUCACAUUCAUCCUCCAGGAGCCGUGGAGGACUGCACACCGACGUGAACACCCGAGAAGAAGAAAGCCUGCUGUGUGGAUGGGUGCGCCGGGCUAGCUGGCAGGUACGGGACCAGAGACAUGGCUGGAGAGCUGAGGACGAGCUGUGUGUGCGCGCGCAUGUGUGUGGAUAAGAGAGGAAGAUGAUCGGACGGCUGUUGUCACGGAGAUGAGGAGACGACCACUCUGCUGCUGCUGGACCACAAGGACUCUGAACCAUUUACCAGAGGAUUGUGGGAGAAAUCUGUCACUUUGUUUCUUUCAGCAUUCUGUGUUAUGUUGGCAGACAUUGUUUUUGUUCUUGUCCUUGAUCUUGUUCAUGCCAUUAAUUCUGUGUGUAACACUCUAGUCUUUUUUUAAUUUUCCUGCAAGCAGAACUAUAUGUUCACAUUUUGUAGAAUCAGUUUGCUUGUGUAUUUUUGUGAAACUGUGGUUGUUGGCCAUUUAGUGUGUAUGUCUGCGUGUAUGCUCGGGAGUACGUGCAUGUCAGAUAGAAGGAUUGUUUGUUUUGUUGCGUGUCUGUGUGCAGAACUGAUUGACACGGGAGUUCGCACACCGAGUUUGAGACCUCUGCAUCGAAAUCAGUGCUUCACAAAAAGAGAAAAAUUGGAAUCUUUAUAUUUACUUAAAAAGGGCUGCCUUUUUUCUCUCUUGUAAAUAGUCUAAAUGAAAUAUAUAGAUAUGAAUAUAUCCUCUAGUGCAUUGCCUGUAAAUGUUUUUCUGCACUGGGUCACGUGUGUGUGGGCGUUUGUGUGUGGGCGUGUGUGCAAUUUGAUUCAAGGGUCAGUAUAGAGGUAAAUGACAAACAAACCCCGCUGAGGUCCCCUGAAAAUAUUUGCUACAAGUCUGAGUUAUCCUCGGAACCAUCCAGUAAUCCCCCAUGUUACAGCUUCUGUUACACCUUCCUAUCGUCAGGUCACGCACUUCGCGCCUCUUCACAGUUGUUGAAAUCAACCUUGGCCCCUCUUUUCCCCCCUUAGUCUGUACACAAUACUAACUGGUGCUAUAUUUAGGAUUCAGGAUUCAGCUGUUUGUGUCUGUGUUGCCUCACACAGUGAGGUCAACCUCUGUUGAGCCUCUGUUAAGUUACUGUCUUAGAGAUGUGCAUUAAAAUGCUCAGAAUCUAGAAGCCCUGUCCCCACCAUGCAAUAAAAAAUGAAGUAGUAAGGGAGGCCUGUGGUUUGAAAGCCACAAAGUUCAUAAUUUCUUUAUCUCUUAAGUCUGUGAAUUAGCACUAUGAUUUGUUUAUACUGAUCUUUGUUGUCGUCUCUCCCCUUCCUUUGAGUUUCCACAAAGCAAUGGCUUCCUUGACACAUUGCCCUGUUGCAGGAUAUGAAGAUGCUUUUUCAUUGUCUCAGAAUUUCUAUAGCCGGUGUGUUGCCACUCUGUUGCCAGCUAGGAACAAGGCUUUUUCUGUUUCUGAUUGGCUCUGACACCCGCUCUUCAUGCUCACUGCCCAGCCACCAAAAACAUGUGAGCCUCAUGUGGCCAAGGUCUUGCUGGCAAGCUCAGGUUAGAGGUAAUCUGUUCAGAGCCCCAUGUGAAGUGCCAAAAAUGACCUCCUUUCUCAAGUCUGAUAGAACUUUCCCCAACCUCGAGAGCUAUGAAUAGCUUUUCCCCUUGUGCCACAAUAAUAAUAAAAAAAGUUUCUCCCUUAUUGCUCAUGUAGAAGUGCUACAUUCUUCCACGCUGUCAUAUUGAGGGGGAUUAUACUGCAGGAAGGGCUGUACUAGCUGACUCGGGCCAAGUUUUCCCUGUCGCCAAACCUGUGGCCCUGGGAGAGGAACCAGACCAGUAAACUCUGCGUCCUCCCCAUGGUUUGUGUGACUGCGGGCUGGCUGUACACAGCCUGGGGCUAGACUCGAGAGCAACGGAUGGCUCAGGCAAUGUGAGGCAAUAGAUGGAGCACUUGACUAUGACAGAUUAGGCGUGUCUUUUUUGAGUCUCUGUUUUUGUUUGAGUUCAGUCGGAGUUGCAUUGUACACGUUUGCACAGAAGUGGAAACUUAAAUAGAGCUCUGCAUUGCACUUACCAAACUAUUUGAUACAUAUUGUAAUUUGUACAUAUGUUUUAAUUUAGGCUGAUGGCAUUUAGAUGAUGCAAUAAGAUUUAUGUUUCCUGUGUUGGAUCAGUUAUUUUUUUUUUUGUGUAUGUGUGUGUGUGUGUGUGUGUGUGUUUAGUCUUCAAAAGCCAAGGCAUCUCAUCUCACAGUAAUGGAGUCACACAUGGCAUGUCUGUUGUUGGCUAAUAACGCUUGUCUGAAACAUCAAACGGUACCACUGGCUUUGUCUCAUCCUAUCAUGUUAAACUUGUGUUGUGUGUGCUGGCUCAUUUGUCCAAGGCUUGUUUUUAUAUUUUGUCAGAUUCAAAAGGAAUUGACCGUGUUAUUCUUCAUUGGCAAAAUCACAUUGAAGCCUUUUAACAAAAACAGGAGACAGCACACUUGCUCCUCCUGUUCAUCCUUGCACUCUUAAGCUUAAACGUUUAAGUAAAAAAAAAAAAAAAAAAAAUACUGACAGUUUCUUCUCAAAAAUCACUACUACAGAUGAGAACUUGCGCCUUGCUAACUGGCCAGGGUGUUCCUAAAUUAAAGAAAAUGGAGGAAAAAAAUACAGCUGGUGAGACAUUUCCAGGUUAUGAUGUUGCAGAUAGGUUGCAUCUGUAAUUUCCUGUUAAUUUUUAAGAUUGUUUUUCCAUAACUCAGUGCAACCCAUACGCUAUAAAUAUGUAAGUUAUGUUUAGAAUGGAGUUUGUUUCAUUAUAUUUAUAAUAAUUCUAGUUUUUAUUCAUGUUCUUAACAUUACCUAGGCUGGUUUUGAUUGCAAAUUCUGUCUUCUGUCUCAUGUUUAUUGUGGUUUGUGUUGGUCACUUUAAACCCUAGGCGUCGUUAACUGGAGCACAAAUCACGCAGGCGUAAUUGUGUGCUGCUGCCAUCAUUCAUUUAGUGUUGCGUACAUGUGUCACACGUUGUGUCAAUUUUUAAGAACUGUGUUGAUUUCCAAGGUGUAUACUGACUAGUUCAUUUUUGGGGAGAGCCUGAUGAAAUCUGCAAACGUGAAUCUGCAAAAAGAAGGGAUGUUGUAAGACGAAGUUCAUGCUCGUUUUUAUUAUGGCCUAACCAAUGUCUUGUUUUUUGUCACCACUCUCACCAAAGUGCUUGUUUUAAAGAAAGCAGGAGGAGGAGUAACAUCAGGUCUGGAAUGGACUGCCACUUGAGUGUUUAGUGUGUGAAAGGAAUCCUUUGAAACUGAUGUCAAUGUUAGCCAAAUUACCACUCUGCUUCUUUUACAUUUCCCAUUGUGUGUCUGAUUUAAGGCGAUGAUCUUGAAUUUUAUAUCCUGUGGAUUAUUACUGGAAGUACAAGAUAACCUUAGAUGUAGAAGCAGUAGCUUUUUUCACAUUUGAUCAUGUUUUGAUUGAAGACAUUUUACAUACAUUUUAGUCAGUUUGUGUGGUGCAGUUGUACCCAGUUAAAAUAAAUAAAUGCCUGCCUUAAA